AUAGCAUCGUGGGGAAGCUCAUCAUGAAAGCUGCUGCGGAACACUUGACGCCUGUCACCUUGGAGCUGGGAGGGAAAAAUCCAUGUUACAUAGACCAGAGCUUUAGUCUGGAGAGCACAGUUCACCGCCUGGUCUGGGGCCGUUUCUUUAACACUGGCCAGUGCUGUGCCUCUCCAGACUAUGUGCUCUGCUGUAAAGAGGUUCAAGAGCAGCUCGUCCCUGCCAUCAAACAGUGUCUGAAGAGAUUCUACGGGGAGGAACCGAAAGAAAGUGCCGACUAUGGGAGAAUAGUCAGCGAUCAGCACCUGCAUCGUCUGCAGCAGCUCCUCAACGCUGCUCAGGUGGCGAUAGGCGGCGACACUGAUAAACAGGACCGAUAUUUCG